AACUGGGGCACAGGGACUGAUUCUGUCUGAGAUGCUCAAACUACUACUUGCAGCGCUAUAGGAACAGGGAUUUACCCUUCUGUUCUCAGCUCCCUGAGGAUGGAAUCUGGUGUUUUCCUUAGCACAGCCCAGCAGUCAGAAGGGAAAGCUGAGCAGACUCUGGCAAGCAGAGAUGGAGCUGGCCCACUUCCCACCGCAGAGGGCUGCUGGCACCCUGCACAGCAUGAAGGAGAAAUCAUGGAAUUACAGAGCAGUUUGGGUUGGAAGGGCCCUUAGAGAUACCUCCUUCCAAUCUCCUUCCACUGGACCAGGCUGCUCAGAGCCCCACCCAAGCAGGUCUUGAACACUGCCAGGAAUGAGGCAGCCACAGCUGGGCAGCCUGUGCCAGGGCCUCACCACCCCCAGGGAAAGAAUUUCUUAUCUCUUACCUAAAUCCACCCCCUUCCAGUCUGAAGCCUGUACUGAGCAGCGUGCCAGAGUCAGAUGGACAGCGGACAGCCUGCCCUGCACAUCUUCUCCUCCCAUCUGGCCCGUGCCAGGUUUUCCAGCAGGAUUUUCCAGCCAUUGGCAGCUGCUGGGAUUGGCAGCACUGGCUGCUCCCAGCAAGUUUCCAAGGGUGUUCCAGAAAGGAACAGCACAAUGCAAAAGUGUUUUCCCAAUGCAGGAAUGCCUAAAGCAGAUUGUUAAAAAGCUCUGGCAGGAUUAAUGUUUCAUUUUUUUAAAUGUAUUAUUGUAGUUUAAACCAUGCAAAAGCAUGGAGUGUUUUCAAGGGCUUGGGAUAGUGUUUAUCACAGCCAAGGAGAAAGUAGCCCCCAGGGAUCCCCAUUCUUUAUCAGCAGGCUUGGGAAACAGGAGGGAGGGAGCUCCAGGCAUCCCAUGACUGAAUACUAUGUAAAGCCAAGCCCAGAAGAGCCUGAGUGAGGUUACAGGUACUUUCUUCCCACACAGAAAAUGCAUAAUGGGGUUAAAUGUUUGUUUUAAAAUUCAAGCCUGGAGGACUUGUCCCAGUAAAGGAAGUGCCACCUGGACCCUGCUCCCAGAGCCAAGCACCACAUCCCUGUUAGUUUAACCACUCUCCCCCUGGCAUGGAGGUAGGCAGGGCAUGGGAGUCCAAACCAUGGAGCCACCAGUGAACCUGAACCUGUAAUUAUUCCUCACUGGAAGCCCUGAGCAAAGUCCUCCAGCAAGCCAUGCCCAAGACCAUGGGACAGUGCCCCAGGCAGGGCUGGAGCUGCUGGGUGGCUCUGGGGACUUGAGGCUGCCACAAGGGCCAGCUGCAGGCUGCUCCCAGCCCAGCCUGGGCAGCAAGAGGUUGGUGUGCCUGGCAGCACUGAAGCACUUCAGGCUGGUUUGGGGCAAUGAAGACCAGCCAGUGAGGAGAGGCUGGUGACAUCCACACCGAGUUGUUUGGCUCAUUUUGCUGCCCGCCCUGUCCAGAUAGGGAGGAUCCUCCUCAGUUUUCCUGUCAGCAGUUUCUCUCACAUGUCUUCCUCAAGCUUCCUCCCUGCUGCCACAGGACUAAUAAUCCCACAGGACAUGUUUGUAACAGGCAAGAGGGUAACAUGAUAUAGCAGCACAGCCACUGGCUUCAGUCCCCAAAGAAGACCCCUCCACCAGAGAGCAAUGGUUACUCUGGAUACUCUCCCCUUACAAGCUGUGCUGCCCCUCUGACUGGAGCAGAGCCAGUGUCUCUCCAGAUGCAGGGGGGUUGCUUUUCCUCUUGGCAAUGAGCUCUCAGAAGAUCCCCUGUCCCUUUCCUGUCAGCUUGCAGGCACUUGAGAACUGAGAGAAGCUUAUUAUUUUUUCAGCCUCUCCUUUUCGCACUAAGCCACAGUCCUGAGCAGGGGGAGCAGCCGUGGCAGAGGGCAGCUGGGAAGCCUGCAUGGUCCAGCUCCUUUGCAUUCUGCUGGCUGGAGGAUGGGUUAGAAAGAGGAGAGCAGAUCCUGGAUCCAUCAGAGGGGAUUUCCCAAAAGUGCUCGGCCUCUGAUUUGGGUUACCAAAAUGCUUUUCAAAGGGGCGUUUCUUGAAAAUGAUACAGAGUGGUCACUCCUCAAAGGCACCUUCAGAGAGUUCCUUCCCCACUGCAUUCCCAGAGUCACUCCUGCACCUUAAUUCUCUUGGUUCUGAGCUCCCAUCUCUCCACAGGAACACUUUGACUCCCUACAUGAGGUUCCCCAGGACAAGCAGAACUGCAUUUUCCCAGGCUCACGGGGCUGCAGCUGAUGCUGCCUGAGGGACAGGGAUGAUGGCUGAGCACUUCUUGUUAAUGGGCUUAAGUGUUCAUUAAUUAUUACACGUGGGUAUAGCAGGGCCAGCCCAGAGCUGGGCUUUGCUGGCAUCCAGCUCUGUGUGUACCCAGGUACAGCCUGGGACACCCCUGCCGUGGGGAAACCCCCCAGGCUGAGUAAGCUGAGCACACUGCUUUGCAGCCAGACCCCCAGUGCUGCUCCAGCAGCCAGACCCUUUCAAAGUCCACGGUCUGCAAAGUUCAUUCAUGGACUUUGUUAAAGCAGCUCUGCUUCAGAGCCGAUCCUGCACAGCAGGUGAGCACACAGUCUGCACUCACCAGCCCUCCCAGGAGUAGGUGGGAGAGCCAGGUGUCUGCAGCUGGGCUUAAGAGACAGAAAUCAUGACCCAAGAGCGACUGUGGCAGGUCCUGGAUCCAUCCUGGGCAGACCUUGGUGCCCUCUCUGCUCUGCUCUGCAGCUCAGCUGCAGCUGUGGUGCUUCUGAAAUGGCUGGGAAGGAGGCAGGCCCAGCAGAAGAUGGAUGAGGCAAGGAGGUCUCGGCAUCUGGCCUUGGAGAGAAUGGAGAAGGCAGCUCACAGGCUUAAGCAAGAGAGCCCAGGCACCCAGACCUCACAUAUCCUCUCACUGACAAUGGUGGAGCUGGCAGAGAAGCUGAAGGAAGGGUCCCUGUCCCCAGAAAGUGUCCUCUACUCCUACAUGGACAAAGGGAAGGCUUUGGAGGUGAAUUGGGAGGUGAACUGUGUGACAGAUUUCAUUCAUGGAUGUGAGGAUCAGCUCCAGAAACUGAAGAAGCAAAAGGAGAAGGGGCUGCUCCAUGGCAUUCCCAUCAGCAUCAAGGACCACAUUAACUGCAAGGGCCACGUCUCCUCUGCAGGGAUGGUGAGAUUUCUGGGCCAAGUGAAGGAAGAAGAGAGCGUCAUUGUCCAGGUUCUAAAGCACCAGGGGGGAAUCCCCUUUGUGAAAACCAACAUCCCGCAGACCAUGAUAAACUACGAAUGCAACAACCUCAUCUUUGGCCAGACAUUGAACCCUCUCAACCCCCAGAAGAGCCCUGGGGGCUCCUUGGGAGGGGAGGGAGCUCUGAUCAUGGGGUGAGGCUCCAUCCUGGGCAUGGGCUCGGAUGUGGCUGGCAGCAUCCGCCUGCCCUCCAGCUUCUGCGGGCUCUGCGGCCUCAAACCCACCAGCAACAGGAUCAGCAAACAGGGAGUCGUUUCUCCUCUCAUAGGAAUGCAAUCAGUGACGGGGAUGCUGGGGCCCAUGGCGAGGGACGUGGACAGCCUGGCCCUGUGCAUGAAGGCACUGCUGUGCCAGGAGAUGUUCCAGCUGGACCCCACCGUGCCCCCCAUCCCCUUCGAUGAGCAGGUUUACACCAGCUCCAGGCCCCUUCGUGUCGGGUAUUACGAAGGAGAUGGUUACUUCCAGCCCUCGCCUAGCAUGAAACGCUCUGUCCAGCACACAAGGAAGCUCCUCCAGGAUGCAGGGCACACGCUUGUUCCCUGUGCCCCACCAAAGAUUGGCUACGUGGUGGAUGAGCUGUUCACCAGAGGGAUUUUCUCGGAUGGGGCCGCCCACCUGGUGCACUGCUUCAAAGGAGACAUCGUGGAUCCCAACCUGAAAUCCCAGUACAAUACUUACAGGAUUCCUGCUCUGGUGAAAAGGAUCUUGGCUAUCAUUCUGAAACCUGUGUACCCACUAAUUGCUCAGGAUCUCAGCAUUCUCCAUGGAGUGGGAUCUGCCAAAAACCUCUGGGAUCAGCAUGGAGCAGUGGCGGCUUACCGCACGGAGUUCAUGGCCAGAUGGAGGGAGCUGAGGCUGGAUGUGAUCCUUUGUCCCAUGCUGGGGCCAGCCUUCAACCAUGGCUACGCUGGGAAGCUCUUUGCUGCGACCUCCUACACCAAUUUGUACAACGUGUUAAACUUCCCUGCCGGGGUGGUGCCGGUCAGCACGGCGACGAGAGCCGACGAAGAAGAACUGAAGCACUACCGAGGGCACUACAGAGACCCCUGGGACCAGAGGCUGAAGGAGGCUGUGGCAGGAGGCGUGGGGCUGCCCGUGGCCGUGCAGUGCAUGGCCUUGCCAUGGCAGGAGGAGCUGUGCCUGCGCCUCAUGAAGGAGGUGGAGGCUCUUGCCCAUGGCACGAAGACAAACCUGUGAUUUCUGGCAGCCAGCCUCCAAUGGGAUGGCUUUUCAUUCCCUGCCCUUCACUCCAGCUGCCUUCUACUUGAUAUGAAGCAAAGUACAUAGUGAGUUGAGAACUCUGAGCUAAUAUUUUAAUAAAGUGGCACUAAAUUCAGUUUAAAAAUA